AUGCCUUCUCUCUCCAAAAUAGCAGCUGUAGCUGCAGGUGCCUUCACCCUCAUCGACGCCAAAGCAUGCCCCCCUCUCGGCGCCGUCUUCCCACCACCCCAAGCACCAGGCGACAGCCCCCUCGUUCAAAAAGCAGCAGCCGCACUCAAAACCGGCCUCGACGCCAAAAUCUCAUCUCAAUUUAACCACUCUGGUCUAGCUAUCAGUGUCAAGUCAAUUCACGAGAAGGAGUCUCUGUUUGAUUACUACUUCACACCGCCGAACCCUGGUGAGGGCUCGGACAAGGUUAAUGAGGAUACUGUCUUUCGCAUCGCCAGUGGGUCAAAGCUGAUUACUGCUUUGGCGGCGAGGGUGAAUGAUAAGAUUGAUUUGCAGGCUUCGGUCUUGAAGUAUCUUCCUGAGCUGAACAAGACGGCGGGGGAUGAUGAUAUUAUGUCGCUGAAGUGGGAGGAUAUCACUGUUGGGUCGCUUGCCAGUCAUCUCUCAGGUGUUGGCGUUGACAUGGCACAAGAUCUGGCAAUUGUUGGUUCCAAGCCCUGGGCACCAUUCGGUCUACCUGAAAUUGCCAAGGGCAAAGGACCCGACUGCUCUGGUCUCCCUGGCACAAUCCCUUGCACCAGGGAAAACCUUCUUGAGCAGGUCAAUCUUCGACCUCCUGUCUACGCCCCCUUCACCAACCCCGUCUACUCCAACGUAGGCCAUGCCCUUCUCGGCCUUGUCCUUGAGGCUGUUGAAGACAUGCCUUUCGAGGAUAUUGUCAAGCGAGACGUCCUUGAUGUUGUAGGCAUGAAGAGUACCUAUGUUGACAAGACUCCUCCCACAAAGGAUCUCUUUAUCCCUGAGAAGGAACCUACAUGGAACUCCACCCUUGCUGUCUUUGACUCCGCCGGUGGCAUGUUCUCAUCCGUAUCCGACAUGCUCCUCCUCGCCGAAGGCAUCCUUAACAACAAAUUCCUUUCUGCAGCUGAGACACGCAAGUGGAUGAAGCCCGAAGCCAACACUGCAUCAUGGGGCUACCAAGUCGGCGGACCUUGGGAAAUCCUUCGAAGCGACAACAUCACCUCCGACGGCCGUCUCAUCGAUAUUUACACCAAGAGCGGUGAUUUGGGUCUCUACCACUCUCAGACCGUCCUCAUUCCCGACUACGACAUUGUCAUCUCCAUCAUGUCAGGCGGUCUCGAAGCUAGCGCAAACCCCUACGUAACAGCCACUAUUCUCAGCGCCAUCGUCCAGAAUCUCUUGCCUGCUAUCGAAAAGGUCGGUCGUGAUGAAGCAAAGGAUAGCUUUGCUGGAACAUACGAGGAUAAGGAGACCAACUCAACCAUUACCUUCACUCAAGACUCAGGUCCCGGUUUUAAGAUCAAGAGCUGGCAGAUGCGCGGCUUCGAUGUUCUUAACAACAUCGGAAACUACAACUUCAACGCCCUCGAGUCCGGCGCUUCGACGAAAACUCCCUACGUAGACGCCCGCAUGUAUCCCAGCAACCUCGCCAAAAAGGGCGAAACAGCAUGGCGCGCCGUCUUCGACAAGGCAGACUCCGAGACCGACGCCAAGUUUGAGAAGGAUUUGUUCUUCAAGGAUGGCACUUGCCAGACGUGGUUCCAGCAGGAUCGCAUGGUGUACAACUACCUCCCCUUGGACUUGUUUGUGUUUGUUGAGGGUGAGGAUGGAGUUAGUGAGGCUGUCAAGAGUCCUGCUUUUAAUAUCACUUUGACAAAGGUGCGUCAACCUGCGGAGAAGAAGAACACUGGGGAGGGGAGUACCAAUGCUGCUGGAGAGAGGGAGCGUUUUGGAGUGGCUGGUCUUGCGGCGCUCAUGAUGGUUGCGAUGAUGAAUUUGUUCUAA